AUGGGCGAGGUGCAGACGGGGCUGCUCUCCGUGCUCCGGCGGCUCAAGGGCUCCCCGGAGCAGGAGCUCCGCAUCGUGCUGCUGGGGCUGGACAAYGCCGGCAAGACGACGCUGCUGAGGCGCCUGGCGCGCGAGGAGCUGGGCACCAUCACGCCCACGCAGGGCUUCAACAUCAAGAGCGUGCAGUCGCAGGGCCUGAGGCUGAGCGUGUGGGACAUCGGCGGGCAGCGCGCCGUCCGCCCCUACUGGCGGCAGUACCUGGGCAGCACCGACGUGCUGAUUUAUGUCAUCGACAGCGCAGACCAGAAGCGCUUUGAGGAGACGGGGCAGGAGCUGGCGGAGCUCACCGAGCAGGAGUCUCUCCUGGGGGUCCCGCUGCUGGUGUUUGCCAACAAGCAGGACCUGGCGACCGCGGCACCCGCGGCCGAGGUGGCCGAAGGGCUCAGCCUGCACACCUACCGCGACCGGGAAUGGCAGAUCCAGCCCUGCUCGGCCCUCUCCGGGGAAGGAGUGCAGGAUGGGAUGAACUGGAUUUCCAGUCAGAUCAUCAAUCGGAAGAAGUGA